UACUUUAUUGCAUAUAUAAAUAUUAGGUGUUUUACUUGUACUUCUGAGUACAUGUUUCAGUGUCACAGUUUCUCUGUGUGCUACAUCUGUUGUUACAAUACAUUCUAAUGGAGCUCUUCACUCUGACAAUCCUACUGUUCUGUAGUGCCAAAAUCCAGGGUUUUUAAAAUGAUUUUUUUUUUUUGCAAGGGUCUGGUCUGGGACAGGGCUGGGCAAGAUGUGACUCCAGGGCCGGAACCAGCCCACCUAGUACUUUAAUCCAGCUUAUGGACUGCAUCUGGCUGCUUCCUGUUUAUAUCCUGCUGCCCCCUGCCACUGAAUUUCCAAGGGGUGCGCCUCGGGCAGCAGAAUGCUGUUUAAAUGGCUCACAGUCAUGGCACUACCUUGGCAGAGGCUGGAGCCAUUUUAAUAGCCACAGCAGUCCCUGGUGGUGGCCAGGUGACAUCGUAGCAGCAGAUUCAGGAGCUGUGAACCCUUUGCUGUGUUUUUAAUUCAAAGCCUGUGGCCCAUAUGACUCUGGGGAGAAGCUAGUUCACAGCCCCAAGCCUUCUGCCCAAGGUCCCUUCCCUUCCAGGCGUGGAACCGCCCAUGACCAUGUACCAAAAUUCAUUGUGCCCCUCCCCCCCCGGUGAAAAUUAUUGCCCACCCCUUGUCUGGGGCAUGGUGCUGACCUCACCAGAGGUGUCUUCCCCCCCCAUGUUUCUGCAGCGGAACAGCUACUGCAUGUUCAUCCAUGUCUAUACAACACAUAUUCACUGAGCAAUGAGUUCACAGACUAUAAUGCUGAGCUGCACAAUGAAACAUUAUUACUAUUUUAAGAGCUCUGAUGCGGAUUGUGGCACUAAAGCUGUUGGUAUCCCAUGACAGAUAUUUGCAUCUGAAUGUUGGCAGCUCCCUGCUUGUGUGGAUUUUACUGAGAAGCAGCACUGAGGAAUUGUCUCCAGGUUAUGAUGCUGAAGAUGUGAAGUUAAAGCACACAAUCCUGCAGAACACCCAUGUCUUGCUCCAGCUCAGCCCACGGCCUGGAAAGCCAGGGAAAGGAAAUGGUUGUGGUGGAGCCGGUGAACUUAAAGGAAGUGGUUGUGUAUUUCUCUGAGGAGGAAUGGGCCCUGCUGGACCCGAGUCAGAGAGCCCUCUACUGGGAUGUGAUGCAGGAGAAUUAUGAGGCUGUGAGCUGGCUGGGCUGCAGAACACCCAUGUCUUGUCCCAGCUCAGCCCAUGGCCAGCAGAGCCAGGGUAAGGAAGUGGCUGUGGCAGAGCCGGUGAGCUUUGAGGAGGUGGCUGUGUAUUUCUCUGAGGAGGAAUGGGCUCUGCUGGACCCAGGUCAGAGAGCCCUCUACUGGGAUGUGAUGCAGGAGAAUUAUGAGGCUGUGAGCUGGCUGGGUAAGGAUUCCUGUUCUCUUGGGUAUCAGAGGUGGGUGAACUCUGGAGCUGCUGGGUUGGAUUUGGUUCAGGGUUCCUCCAUGCCCCAUGCCCUCCUAUGUCAGGAGAAUCCACCCCAGUAAUCCUGGCUCCUGUGUGAGAAGCAUGGUUCCUGCUAAGGCGUGCACCUGCACAGCCACACACAAACCUUUUCCCCUCACCCCACCUCCUCUGGAGAGCCCUCUUGUAGCAGGCAGCUACGCUGAUGGGUAGGGCUAAUUGAGACGGUAUGAUGAGGGCUCUGCUAAGGUAGCCAGGGCUGCCAUGGGGCUGGGACCUGUUCUGGAGACUGGGGCUGGGAAUGGAUGGAUUGGGUUGUGUUUGCUCUGGUGGCCGGGAACAGGGCCUGAUGCAUGAAGGGAGCGGGGAGCUUCUGCGUGUUAAUAAAGGGGGUGCCCUGGUGGCACACCUCCAGAUCAGCGCAUGUGACCUCAAUAUUGGUGCACAAACCAAAACUCCCUCUGCCCAUGGUUGGAAAAUCGUAGAGGGAACACUGCUGAGAGAUUGUCCCCUCAACACCCCCUCCCAAGGAACGCAGCUUGAGGUACAUAACGGGUGUUGCUCGUCCCACACCCAAUGUCUCAAUGUGCACAGACUUCCUGCGUGACCUUGGUCAAGUCACUUAGACUGUCUGUGUCCUGUCCUCUAUCUCUGCAAUAGCUGUUACAGUAUGUUUCUGUGUCACAGGGCUGGGGAAGGAUAAAUAUAUUAAUUAGGGGAGAUACUGAGCUCCUUAUAGGCACCUUAAAGUUGCCUUGCUCUGUCCCUGAGCCUUGUUACCUUGCCUCCCAGCACAGAUGGGGUACAUGAGCAGAGAAAAGGGGACAAUGCAUGUGACACACAAGCUAUGUCUACACUGCAGGCUUCUUGCGCAAGCACGGCUGUUCUUG